GAUUCACGCCUUCAUUCAAAACAUUAAUUUACAGGCCCAAACUGAAGGAACAAAUGCAGUACUGUGUAGACCAUCCAGAGGAAAUUAGUAAGCUUGCAAAGGUGAAGGCUCAGGUUUCGGAAGUUAAAGGUGUGAUGAUGGAAAACAUUGAAAAGGUUCUUGAUCGUGGCGAGAAGAUUGAACUUUUGGUGGAUAAGACUGAGAAUCUUCGCUCACAGGCACAAGAUUUCAGGACACAAGGAACAACAAUGAGGAGGAAGAUGUGGUUGCAGAACAUGAAAAUCAAGCUUAUAGUCUUGGGAAUUAUUAUUGCCUUGAUUCUGAUCAUAGUUUUGUCAGUAUGUGGUGGUUUCAAUUGUCAUUAGUGUGGUUCCUCAUCCUUACUAGGCUGGAUGUUGAUUGAAAAUUGUGACACUUAAUCUUUGUAGCAGUGGCAUGUCAGUUCCUUAUAAUUCUUUUUUUCUUUUGUUGUGACAUCUUUUGUUCUAUGCUCUGUAUCAUGAGACACUGCCUGUAUAGCUUGUAAUGCUGAAUUCUUUUGAGUAUACUAUUGAAUGAGUCUCCCUCGUUCACCAGGUCACA